AUGUGCUACUGCGCCCCGCUGCCCGAUGGCACCCCGGCCAACCCCUUUGCUGCGGCAGUGUUCGAUGACUGCGUGUAUAGCGUUCAUGAACUCGUUUCGGUCAUUUUUGGCUGGAUAUCCAUCGCGUGCUGGUUCACGGCAUCGUAUCCGCAGAUACGGCUCUCUUUGCUGUUAAAGCGGGCCGAAUGCAUCUCAAGCGUCCUUCUCUUCCUCUGGGUGUCUGGAGACAUCAGCAACUUCAGCUCUCUCAUCAUCUUGCGGCAGCCGUUAACACAGAUCAUAAUGGGCGGUCUCUGGCUGUUUCUCGAUAGCACCAUGACCGCUGUCACCUUGUACUACAAGCGGAAACACAAGGGCAAGCAGCUCCCAGAGAUAGACGUGAAGUCUAUGGGGAGGAUGCGCAGGUCGGAGGCAGUGAUCUACACCGUGUUCUUCGCUGGUUGCCUAUCGAGUUUUCUGUGUUACUCGAUUCCAGUAACGACAUACAUUCAGCGGGUCCCGCAGAUGUUCAGCGAGUGUGUUGUUUCCCCAGAGCUCUCGCACACUUCUGCGCGGUAUAUAGUCGGGUCUGUCCUGGCGUACAUCACCCUUCCUCUUUACUGCUUUAGCGGGCUUCUGCAGGUAAUAAAGAACUGCAGGACCAAGGCCACUGACGAUCUCAGCCCAAGCUUCUUUGCAAUAAUAUUCACCGCCAACGCUGCGCAGACGACAUCCCUAUUCACGUUCAGUCAGGAGCGAGAGUAUCUGCUGCGAACUACGCCGUACAUAAUCGCUGCAAUCUUCCCCAUGAUGAUGGACUUUACCAUCUUGGUCCAAAUAAGGUACUACAACAGCAGAUACCGGAAGCUGCACAGCGAGAUAGAGGGAAAACCCGAUUUUCAAGAGCUCGAAGACAUGGAUUCGAGCCCCACUGGAAGCGAUGUUAAGGCAGACGGGCCUGCUGACCCUCUGAUGCCCUAG